AUUACGUGUUGUCGGCCAUAUUUGCUGGGAAUUCAGCUGUGGUUUUUCUUGCUGAGUGACAAAUGGACAUAAUAAAUAUAUACCAUAUAAUUUAAAAGGAUUGACAUUAGAGCAAGCAAAAAUAUUAAGCAGUAGAGUGUAAUAUUGUGUAACUAAUUGCCUUGAAUUUUAGACAAGGCAAGGAUUUGGAAUCGCAUAAUGAGCUUCCUAUUUGGAAGCCGCUCUUCAAAAACAUUCAAACCAAAAAAGAACAUUCCUGAAGGAACACAUCAGUAUGACUUAAUGAAACAUGCGGCAGCUACACUGGGUUCUGGAAACCUCAGACUUGCUGUUAUGUUACCUGAAGGAGAAGACUUAAAUGAAUGGGUUGCUGUGAACACUGUGGAUUUUUUUAACCAAAUAAACAUGCUGUAUGGCACCAUCACUGAAUUCUGCACAGAAGAAAGCUGUCCAAUCAUGUCUGCAGGGCCAAAAUAUGAAUACCACUGGGCCGAUGGCCUCACAGUCAAGAAGCCCAUUAAAUGUUCUGCGCCUAAGUACAUUGACUACCUCAUGACUUGGGUGCAAGAUCAACUUGAUGAUGAGACACUCUUCCCUUCCAAAAUAGGUGUUCCUUUCCCCAAAAAUUUCCUGUCAAUAGCAAAAACUAUCCUCAAGCGACUAUUUCGAGUUUACGCUCACAUCUACCACCAACAUUUCUCCGAGGUGGUACAGUUAGGUGAAGAGGCACAUCUCAACACUUCCUUUAAACAUUUCAUCUUCUUUGUUCAGCUUAACCCACAGUAUACUUUGAAAGGCCCACCACAUGGCAUUGGAAUUACAUUUACACAGCCAAAUGAGAAUUCAAUCUUAUUGACCGAAGGGAAUUAGCUCCUCUUCAAGAACUGAUUGAAAAACUGACUGCUAAGGAGUGCCGAUGAAAACCUUCCAUUUAUUUUGUACCCAAAGAACAUCUUGCAUUAUUUAACAGAUUUUGGUGCAAACUACUGUAGCUUUGUUGCACAAUGUUUCUGUUAGUUAUCUAAACAAAUGAACAAGAGAGCUUUCCUAUGAAUGCCUUGAAUAGUGGUAUACUUACCUGGUAUAAAAUGUUUUCAAAUCAGGCCUCUGGACCCCUGUGAGAUAAAAGCACAUUCUUCAGAGUUACAGUAGUAGCGAAGAUCAUUGUAUUCUCCUGUGCUUAACCUUGUAGCAGUCUGUACAAUGUACCACUAUCAAAGACUGGAAGCAAAGUGAGUACCAAAAGCACUCCAAAAUAUAUAAUUUGAUGAGGAAUAAAGUUCUGAUGCACCAAACUAGUUAGAACAAUGAAAACACCACAUGCAUAUUCACAAGAUACCAGGUUCAUAGAGAAGAAAAGGAUGUUAUUUUGAUGUUUUAGCAUUUUCCUCAGACUCUCCAGGUGAAUACCAGGAUCUUAUCUUGAAAUUGGUCAUGUCCACUUCCACAUCUCUGCCAUCAUUAGUAUCAACCUUAUCCAUGUAAAUGGAAAAUAAAAUUAACAAGAUUCUCAGUUCACACUUCACACUUCACACUUCUGUAAUGUGAUGUUUGGUCAUUCCUGUAACUGCAAUUGGAAUGGUAUAUUCUUGAGGAGGAUAUGAUGAUUGUAGUGAUUAAGUCAGGGUGAUACAUCCCAAAUUUCAUCAUUAUGAAAGGGGGUAUGACCAAGAACAUGUUUGUCAUCCUUAAUAGUGUAAGCGUAAGCAGCCAGAGACCAAACUGCUGUAAACAGUGGCAUUGCAUCAAGAGGACCAGAAUUUGGUUUUCUAAUAAUUCACCAAAACACCUAUGAACUAAACAGUUCAUACAAAAGUAAAAAGAACCACUUCCUUCCCAUCAUUUUUGUCAUAUGUAAUAAUUUAGUUCUAAAUAACCUGUGAAGUUGUGUGUAUAGUUUUACUGACCAUCUUCAAAAUCAACAAAUGUAAAUCUAAAUUAAGUCAGGUUCAGCUACUAGAGUUAUAUUCACAGUUGAGCAGAGUAUGGAAAAUAUGAAAAUGUUUCAUGUUCAGAGUAAAUGUAUUUAUAUUUUAAUAGGGAAUGGACUGAAUAAAGAACAGAUACCUACAUUUAUAUCUGAAUUCAAGGUUCAAGUGUAUCUAAAUUUGAAUUCAUAGGUGAAUAGUGAUUGAUGAAUUAAGCAGUUUUUUACAACAGUGGACUUAAGUUUUAAAUUUAGAGUCAAAUGGGUAGUAAUGAUAUCACAGUCUGUUUAAUUCUGCUCUCUGCUUCUCUUUGUGGUUAAAUUAUUUCAUCAGAAAGUAAGGUGUUCAAAUCUUGUAUUGCACCAGGUAAUCUACUUUAUCUGAACCGCCAAUUAAAAUAUAUCACUAAUACAAAUUUAGGCACCAAAUGUGCAGUGGUUCCCAGACAUCUGCAUACUCCUUGAAGAAUCAGAACAUGCGAAAGGAAAAGUGUGUACUGGUAAUUUCUCUCUUAUGUCUACUUCACUCCUUCCACUUCUCAUCCAUUUACUCCAGACUAUCCCCAUGCAGCUUAUAUAGUGUUUUGAAAACCAUUGCCCAUCUGAAAAGAAAAGGCAGCAACAUAAUUAAACAUGUCAACUAUGUAUAUGGUACAACUGUAAGAAAUUAUCUCAUUGGUGCAUGGUUUUUCUUGAAAGACAUUAUUUAACUGACCAGGAAAUCACAUGCUCUUAUGGAACUUGAUCACCCAUUACCAUAUUCACAUAAGCCCAUUAGGAUUUAUUUUAAGCCAGUUAAAUCCACAUAAUCAGUCAUUAUUAUUUUAAUAUCAUGCCAUUUAUGCCUUUAGUAACAUCCUGUCAUCUGUGUGUAAGUUUCUUAAUUGGUCUGUCCUGAAUUAAAUAUGAAUUUCAAAUAUUUCUCUUUCACAUUAAGUUCACCAUUACAUAUUUUUACACUCUGAAAUAUUCUACCUACCCUCAUAGAAUUCUUAAAUUGCAGUCUGGAAACCACAGUAUAAAGAGGUACAGAUAGUCAUGUAAUUUCUGCACAUAUUUUUCAAGUCACUUUCAUGUGAGAAAAUUCACCACUUACUAAAAUGGAUGAAAAAAUGUAGAACGAAGAGUAAUUACUGGCUUUCAUUAUCUAGGAACAGCACUUAAACUUCAAUUGAUCAAAUGAAUAAACUCAUUUUGUGCACAGGGAAAAUUAACAAAAGAUCUCAUAGUUUGUACAGCCAUGUACAAAAAACUUCAAGGAAUAGGAGGGGAGGGAUACUCCCAUGUUUUGUUAAAUAUGUUGGAUCUCACUUAAAUAUUAAUAUUGUAUAGAUUUUGUGCUUUAAAUAUUAUUUUUAUGUAGUUCCAAGGUCUUUACAGAAAUUUUGAAAUGAUAAUGCACAUGGAAUUUGACAAAAUUAUAUACUAGUUUAUAGUAUAUUGAAUUAGUUACUAUCUUAAGGACGGAAGUAUAUCUUUACAGUGAAAUGAAUUUUUCAGGCUCUAUCUUUGUUAUCUAAUGAAACAAUGUCAACAUUACAACGAGACAAAUUUCACAGCUGCAUUAAAAAAUGUCUAUAUUUCAUCUUUCACCUACAAUAGUAAAAACUGACGCAACAUUUUCUUUGUAGUUGAAGGAAAUUGAUGUAGCGAUAACAUUCAGUGUUUGGUGUAUCACAGUUUUAGCAUAUCACUAACUCUUAAAUAAGGUAUUAGUCCUCUUUCAAUGCUAAAACAAGAUAUCUCAUUUAGAGAAAUUAUUCAUGCUUGUUCUAAAUGUAUUUAUUAUUAAAUACCCAUGAAAAGAAACCUGUACUGUAAUUUGAAAUUACCACACAAAAUAACUGGUUGUUACUGUUCAGCAAUAGAGGCUUUACAUUACCAUGAAAACCCAAAUAGAAGAGGUAUAGUUUUUCUUAAAAGAAUUCAGCAUAGGUCAGGAUAGUCAACAUGUGGAUUACAGUGUAAAAGAAUAAAACUGGAAGUACCAUCAGAUGUUACAUGAUGAAUGGGACAAGUGUAAUUAGAGUAGAAUUUUAUUUUGAUAUAUUGGCUUUGCACAGGUUGUAAUGAAUCAUGCUUGCGCUCUUUUAGUUAAUGUAAAUAAUAGAAGGGUACACCACAUAAGGCAGCAGCUAUUACAUUGCAGUGUCUCCCACACUUUGUCUUUUGGCACGAAAAUUAUUGUGGAACUCCACAACAAAAUUACAAGCCACAAGAAUAAAAAAUGCAUGGAACAUGACAGAAACAGAACAAUGUGCUCUGCAUUUUUUGAUUCUGUGUAUUUGCAAAUCAGACAACUAGAAAUGAAACAAGGAAAGUUCACAUACUGUUUAAACAACAGUGGUUAUAUAGCACAGAAUGAAGUAGAGAGAGUAAAUAGGGUUUUUGGAAGACAUAGUCAUGCAGUAAUUAUUUAUUAUAAUACCAGCAUAUCAGGAAAGGGUGAGAAGAACUAUGAUAAAAUGCCUUAUGACAACCAUUGGAUCAACCAAAAUUUGAACAUCCUGGCAUUUUCUGAGUAACAGUCAGUGUGUUGAGCUAAUAAGGCUUAGUAAAACUUGUACGUCUGUCAUUUUGCUUUCCUGAAACUGAAAAUAUUUAUCACCAAAGAAAUGUCUUAAGAUAGAACACUGAUCAGGCAGUACAAAUCUAUGCUUUAUACACUCUUGAAAAGUUGUGGCUUGAAAGGAUUAGUCAAAUUGUAAAUGACUUGACCGUUACUUUUUAGAUUUGUAUUCAUAACAAAAUCUGCAGUCAUGUGAUUUUUUGUAUUACUUACACAAACUGAAGAAAAAGUGAUGUGCAUUGUGUGAUAUGAACUGAAUGUUGAGGCAUCAAAUUUCUUAAUCUCAUUAGAUUCAAGUGUAUAUUGGAGUGUGAAGUCCCAAUACUGUGCAGUUAUUUUGCUUCAGAUAUAGUUAACAGGUUAUCUUAAACUGUGGUGCCUACAUUAGCCAAUACAGUGAGUCCUUGCUGAAUGUGUUUGACAGUUUCCAUGUAUAUUUUAUCACUCUUCAUGAUCUGUGUUUCCUGAAUGCAUUGAAGAAAUUCCCUUGUAUGCACUUCAUGUUAACAUCAGACUGAGUAGCCUCAAAGUGACCAACACACGAUAUCUUCUUUGAAGCCCACUUCUACUCCUUAAAGUUCUCUAGCAACUCCAACCAUUUUUCACGUCUGUUGUGGUCAGUUGCCUUUCCCAGAUAUAUUGUUGCUUGUAACCAAUUUGUAUGUUACUUAUAUAAAGCAAGCUACUUCUGUUUAUAACUUCUUUUAAAUUCCAAAACAUUACUUUCUUGUAGACCCUUAAAUUUUUUGAAUGCAGUGCAUACCAGGAAUAUAACCCGUGUUCAGCAAGGGUCAACUGUACUAUCUUGGAAAUCGAGAGCUUAUUUAUUUAAUGACAUUUCUUUUGUGUAAGGUGAAGUACUUGUACAAAAUCUUUAAUAGUUUUAGUUUCUUUGAUAUUUUUAAUCCAGAUGGAAUUUAAAUAAAAUUAUUGUUAGCGGAGCACGAGCAUUUAACAUACUUCUACGGCCUUAAAACUAAUGUGAUAUUUCCUGAAAUUGUUCCAGUACACAGCGGUUGUGUAGGAAUUUAAUACCUGUUUUCUAACAGAAAGAUUUGCCAAAGUAUAUUGUGAAUUACACAGUAAUAACAGUAACAAUAAUAAUAAUAAUAAUUACAAUGUACUGAAGUAUUUUAAAAUGCAUGUUUAUGUGAAAAAAGGUGUAUGUAAUUUAUCAACACAAGCACAACUUUUUUUAUCAUAAUUAUUUAUGUAUGCUAGUAAUGUAAACUUAAAAACCUGUAUAAAUAUUUUAGUGGUAUAAACA